AUGAACGAAAAUCUAUUCACCUCUUUCACUACCCCAACAAUAAUAGGACUACCUAUUGUUAUCUUAAUUAUUAUAUUCCCAAGUAUUCUAUUUCCUUCACCCAAUCGACUAAUUAAUAACCGCCUAAUCUCACUGCAACAAUGAUUGGUACAACUAACAUCAAAACAAAUACUGGCCAUCCACAAUCACAAAGGACAAACCUGAGCCCUAAUAUUAAUAUCCCUUAUCUUAUUUAUUGGGUCAACAAAUCUAUUAGGCUUGCUGCCUCACUCGUUCACUCCAACCACCCAAUUGUCAAUAAAUUUAGGAAUAGCCAUCCCACUAUGGGCUGGCACUGUAAUUACUGGGUUUCGCCACAAAACUAAAGCAUCUUUGGCCCAUUUUUUACCGCAAGGAACACCUAUUCCUUUGAUCCCUAUGCUUGUAGUCAUCGAAACUAUUAGCCUCUUUAUCCAACCUAUAGCCUUGGCCGUACGACUUACAGCCAACAUCACCGCAGGCCACUUACUAAUACAUUUAAUUGGAGGAGCCGCUCUGGCCCUAAUAAACAUUAGCACUUCUAUCGCUUUAAUUACUUUCACUAUCCUUAUCCUACUGACAAUCCUUGAAUUUGCCGUAGCCCUAAUUCAAGCCUAUGUCUUCACCCUACUAGUAAGCCUCUAUCUACAUGAUAACACUUAA